GGAAAAAAAAGAAAUAAGUUUGUCGCCAUUUUGUACAACAAACUACUGUUAUUGUGUACUUUCUCUGACUAUUGUGCCUCCUCCGGGAUGGGGGAAACUAAAAUCAUCUAUCACAUAGAUGAUGAAGAUACACCGUAUUUAAUUAAACUCCCCAUCCCUGCUGAUAGGGUGACAUUAGGUGACUUUAAGAAUGCAUUGAAUCGGCCAAACUUCAAGUUCUUCUUCAAGUCGAUGGACGAUGAUUUCGGGGUGGUUAAAGAAGAAAUCGUUGAUGAAGAUGCUACGUUACCUUGUUUCAAUGGUAGAGUUGUAUCUUGGCUUGUAGCUGCUGACAACAGUGCAUCAGACAACCAGUCAGUCACAGAUUCCCAAACAGGAGAUGUUGUUCAACUCCCAGCAGAGAGAGUUGGUGGCAUUGGAGAUAGCAGACCACCCUCUUUUCAUGCCAAUGCAUCUGUAGUAAGCCGCGACGAGCAGUGUGACACGUGUACAGAUGGGGAAUCAGUCUUAAGUGGGGCCAGAAGAGUUGGACCACCUCAGCACGUAGGAAUGCCAGGGGUUGCCUAUCGCUUCAGACAGUCUGUGGCGAACAAUGGUCCUAGAAUAAAUGGCCACAGUCAUGUUAAACACGGACACAGAGAUCCUCGCACACUGUAUGAAACUUCUACAAUGCUUAGUAGUGACUUAGAAUCUACAAGUUUCAUUGAUUCAGAAGAAGAUACAGCAAGCAGGUUCUCUACAGUUACAGACACAACAAGCAUGUCAUCUAAAUAUGGACGCCAUCGGAGAAGAAGAAGGCGACAUCGUCCUCCUCCUAUUAGUCGGGUGGGUAUCAACAAGGCUUCAUCUUUUAGCAGUAUAACAGAUUCUACAAUGUCUUUAAAUAUUAUCACAGUUACAUUAAAUAUGGAUACUGUCAACUUUUUAGGAAUCAGUAUUGUUGGUCAAAGCAACAAAGGUGGAGAUGGUGGCAUUUAUGUUGGUUCUAUAAUGAAAGGUGGAGCAGUAGCACAAGAUGGUCGUGUUGAGCCGGGUGAUAUGAUUCUUGAAGUUAAUGGUAUUAGCUUUGAGAAUAUGAGUAAUGAUGAUGCUGUUAAAACUUUAAGGGAAGCAGUUCAAAAACCAGGUCCAAUUGUUCUAGUCGUUGCCAAAUGUUGGGAUCCCAAUCCAAAAGGAUAUUUCACAGUCCCUCGCCAAGAACCAGUUCGCCCUAUUGAUCCAUCAGCUUGGGUUGCUCACACAACAGCCAUGAGAGAACAGUAUAUGGGUCGCACAGGCCCCAGCGCCCCAUCAAUCAGCAACAUGACUUCAACCACCUCCUCAUCACUUACAAGCUCCAUACCUGAAUCAGAACGAGGUUUUGAUGACAUGAAUUUGACAAUCAGUACAGAUAUGGCCACAGUUGUGAAAACUAUGGCACAACCAGAUUCAGGACUUGAGAUUAGGGACAGAAUGUGGCUGAAAAUUACAAUAGCAAAUGCCUUCAUAGGUGCUGAUUUAGUAGAUUGGCUAUUUACACAUGUAGAAGGUUUUGCUGAUCGAAGAGAUGCUAGAAAAUAUGCAUGUCAUUUGUUGAAAGCUGGAUAUAUUAGGCACACUGUGAAUAAACUUACUUUCUCUGAGCAGUGCUAUUAUGUAUUUGGUGAUUAUUAUGGAGGUCCACCCAUAUAUCCAGAUCUGGCCUCACUCAAUUUAGAAGAUGUUGAUUCUGUAUCUGAAGCAGACAGAGACACCCUCGCACCCUUGCCUCCACCAUCAUGGUCCAACAACCAGUUCCCUUACAGCUCUAGUUCAUAUUUGCCUCAGAAUGUACACUACAUCCCAGCCUAUGUCCUCAACAGUGGAGACAAUGCCAGUUUUGUGGGUAGUUUUGUGGAUGUACCGCCAGGUGUACCGUCUCCAGGAGGAAUCUCCGUACCUGGAUUAUCUGUAGGACCAGUUAGUGGCGGAGGUAGUGCAGGAAGUGUGCACAGUGCCUCAGUUGUGGGUAAAGAUUGUGCAUGCUUGUCCAGCACCUAUAACCAGCUGAAGAGACUGUGGGAAAACAAAGAUAAGCAAAAUGCACAACAGCAACAACACCUUCAGCAUGCUCAGGUUUCUACCGGGCCAGGCAAUAUGAGUGAUCACUCCCAUCACUCGUAUGCCAAUAACUUUCUCCACCAACCCACAUGCAUGAGGAAUUCCAAUAGUAGUUUAGGAAGUAGCGCAUCAGGUAGCAGUAAAAAAGAGAAAUCAGGAGGUAAAUCAGGUGGAAGUGGCAGUGAUACUGAUGCAAGCCUAGCCAGUGCAAGAAGAGUAGGACCUCCAUCAGCACAAGGAGCCCCGGGAGCACCGCCUAUAUCCAACUUAGCUACAGUACCCCCAGAAGUUAGCGGCAGUCGGCAGUCUUUCCGUAUGGCUAUGGGCAACCCUUCUCUCAUAGAGGCUGAAGAUAUAGACUGAUGAUCACCUCAUGCUUGCUGAAACACAGAACCUUCUAGAAUAAACUAUUUACCACAUAGCACACAACUGGAUCAGUCACACUAUGUUCCCAAAUCCAGACAGUCAAGCGCAGUGCUGUCCCUUUCACUGGCUCCUGUAUAUUAUCACUACUUGUGAUAUCCCAUUUUGUCCUGUUUACAUAGUGGUAUCUCUCUAUCAUACAGAUAAAUUUCAAUUAAUUUCUCAGCAGUAAAAUGAAGCACUACGGUGGAAGUACAGGUGCAAAAGACUAGUAGUUGUUAUAAGUAAUUUAUACCCUCAAAUGAGAAAUUGAUUUUGUUUAAAUUCAUGUAAUACCUCAUCUAUAGAGUGAAAACCAGGACCACAAUUAAAGACAAUCAUUUCUCUCUCCUGCCAUUCUCGAAGAACCACCUUUGUGCUUCACAAGUGUAUGUUUGCUCAGUUUUCAAAUAAGAAAUGUAAAUUUGUUGAUUUUCCUUCAUCUUGUACAGAUUAAUCACGUGUAAUCAAUAUUUUUAAUAAAGAAAUUAGAAGUUAAAUAAGAAAAUCUUUGAUACUUGUAUAGAGGGGAAGUAUCAACUAAAAUCUUGUUUGGAUAGAUCUAAAAACAAAAAGAAUGUACAUGCAAGCUUUAAGUCUAUGUCCUGGUUGUACUGCAUGAGACUCAUCUAUAUCCAGUAUUAUAUGCUUGUAGGAAUGAUCACACACAUAGGCAGCUCUAACCAAAUGUAGCACAUGAUUGACUGCAUUAAUGACAGGCUUAACUCAACAUGUAGGUUUCUCACUUGGCAUGCAUUUUUUAUAUCAUCCAUCUAUUGUAAAGUCUUCAUACCUACUAGAUGCUGUAGCCUCUAACGCUCAUGUACACAUUUCAUACACAUUGCAUCACUAUUAGCUGUUUUCACAUUUUAUAAAGCUGAAGAGUGAAUGUAAUCAGCUGUUUUUAAUGGUGAUAGAGUGAGGCUGCUAUUGAUAGACCAGUGUGAACAUGUUAGUCAGGCUGUUUAUUUACAUGAGUGGGGUUGUUAAUUUACACGUGUUGAUUGAGCUUGUAAACUUAAUGUGCAUAUGCUGCUUUAUAUUA